AUUAAUGAUUAGUACAAGGAAACAAGUCAAAAAGAGAAAGUGACAACUAUGAACUGCUAAUUGAAGAAAGUUUUGAGUCUAAAACUCGAAAAGCAGAAGAAAAAUCGGCAUCAAUUGAUUCAGUAGACGAUCUAAAUCUACAAUUUCUCUCCAAAAAUGAGUCGUCAACCAGAAGUUCUUUGGGCUCAACGAUCGGAGAAAGUUUACUUGACUAUAUCAUUGCCCGAUGCUAAAGAUGUAUCAUUGAAGUGUGACCCAGAUGGUGUUUUUAAUUUCUCUGCAAUUGGUGUUAAUGGCGAUUCAUUCUCUGUCACUCUCCAACUUUACGGGAAUGUUUCCCCUGAGCGGUGUAAAACCAAUAUUGGGUCGAGAAACAUCCUCUGCUCAAUCCAAAAGGAGCAAAAAGGCUGGUGGCCAAGAAUAUUGAAGUCUGAAGAGAAGCCCGCUCCAUACCUCAAGGUUGAUUGGAACAAAUGGUGUGAUGAAGAUGAUGAAGAAUAUUCGGACUCUGAUGAUGGGGGUGUUGCGUACACUGGAGAUGACGACGAGAGCAGCGAUGAUGGAGGAAUGCUCUAUCUUCCAGACCUGGAAAAGGCUAGAGGAAAUUAAAGCCAGCUGUUGAAAACUUUGAAAAGAGGCUGAUGAUCAUCAGAGAUGUUUAAAAUUGUCUUUUAGGAAACAAAAUAUAAUGACUUUCUUGCUUAAGUAUUCAGAUGUAUAGUGGUUUUUGGAAGACUGAUUUUAAGCCAUGUGUUUGAUCUAGUUUCACCUUAUCAGGCUGGUUCAGGAGUCACUUUUGUUAGAAAGUGCUUUACCUCUCAAUAUGGGAUUUCCCAGCGCGGUUUUGGAUUUAAAAGAAGUUUACUUUGCUUUUCUAAUUCUUUGUUUUCUUUUCCUUUCAUGGGUAUGCGUUUGGUUAUUAUGGCUUUGGAAAGGAGAUUGUUAACCAGAAAUAUUUUCAUCAUA